AUGGCUUAUCGUGUCUUGCUCACGGGCGGAAACGGCUUCAUUGGCUCGCACAUUCUCUCCGAGCUCGUUCAGAAGGGCCACCAGGUCUGUUGCACAGUUCGGACGCCAGAAAAGGGAGAAAGAAUUCUGAACGAUUUCAAAAACUACAAUUCCCAAAUUUCCCUCGCCAUUGUACCCGAUAUCACGACUCCGGGUGCUUUUGAUCUGGCUGUCAACGAUGAAUUUGACAUUGUCUUCCACGCAGCAUCGCCAUUUGUAUACGGCACCGUCGAAAAUAAUCGAGAGUUUCUUGACCCAGCGAUCAAGGGCACCACUGAAAUACUUCGGUCGGUGAAGCAGCACGCACCUUCGGUCAAGAGAGUCAUUUUCACCAGCUCCUGCGCCGCAGUAAUUGAUUAUGAUCGCCUUAAAUCCGGUGAUCUCUAUAACGAAGAUAAUUGGAAUCCAAUCUCAUGGGAAGAAGCUCUUCAUGGGGACCCGUCAAAGGCUUACCGAGCAAGUAAGAAGUUUGCUGAGAUAGCAGCCUGGGAGUUCAUUAAAAACGAGAAGCCGCAUUUUGAUUUAGUGACUCUCUGCCCUCCUGCAACUCUGGGUCCUCUCAAACAUUCAAUUCACAGUAUCAAGGACUUGAACGAAUCAAACAGCCGAAUUUGGAGACUCAGUUGUCAAUCAUCAAAGAGCACACCUAUGCCUUAUAUCCCAGUGCAUACAUAUGUCGAUGUACGGGACUUGGCAAGAGUUCAAAUACAAGCGAUGCUUGUUCCAGAGGCAGCUAAUCAUCGCUUUAUUGUUUGUGCCAGACAAUUUGGCUUUCAGGAUAUAUGCGAUAUUCUGAGAUCGAAUUUCCCAGACUUGGACCCACGAGUCCCUCUUGGAAACCCUGGAUCAAGCUCUCUUCCCGCAGGGGCAUACUCCACCGACAACUCAAAGGUCAGAAGGAUCCUUGGAGUAGAAUUUCGGGACCUCAAGGAAACUAUCAAUGAUCUUGCCAAGCAAUUUCUGGAGAUUGAGAGUUAUGAGAAGAGCGAGCGGACAGGUUUUGAUUAG